AUGGCCGACGCUCCGCAAUGGCAGAUCGAUAUUACGGGCCUUUCACAAUUGAUAUUCAGCGCUGGCGCUCAUGGAUUGAAGCAAUUGGCAUUGGCCGGCGUCGACCCUCACACCAUCGGCUGCAUGCUGAUGAUUGCCGAGUAUACGCCUGCAUCGCAAGAUUUUAGAACCAAGCUCAGCAAGGCUCGCCAACAACAACGAAUGGAUCGGCUCUGGCUUCACAAGCUAGUGGAAAUUGGGGCCAGUACAAACUUUCUCGCCGAUCAGAUGUUGAAGACGAGGGCGGGCGAGAACGUCGUGGCUCUCAUGGCAGCCGUCGCUACAGUCAUGGAUGAGCAGAACUGCACUGCAGUACUAUUGUCCCUUUUUGAAGCUGCAAAAGCGUCCCUGGAUAAUACGCCUGGUAUCUUGCAACUGCAGAAUAUUCGCAAGUGUCUCGCCUCACUGGCCAGCAAGAUGGGAUUCUCGGAGAAAACUCUACAGUACCACCAUUUCUUCCUAUCGCUACUGGGCCGAAAGGAUGAGGGAGAGUCUCAGAGGCCAAAGGAAUCCCCGUAUGAAGGUCUUCCGGAUGUCAAGGAUAUGCCGAAGAUGAUUCAGUUGAUGCACAGGCUGAUCAUCUCAGAAGACGGCCGAUGUGUUGUCCGGUACACUGGCCUUCGCGGUGCAGCGUGGAUGGCGACGUAUGCCUCGUACAUCCUUGGUCUCCGAAUCUGCGCAGUGACAGCAGACGGUACUGCAGUGCCCAUGACAAGCAGUUACGAGGGGGCGCAGGUAAUCUUCGAGGUAUCCGCCCCCGAGAGCACCGGCGGUCUCUACCAGGAAGGAGAUCUUCAAGACUUGAUCUCUCUAGAAACAGCUCCUGUGUCUAUCAACAGCGGCUGGCGCGUUGACUGCUCCGUGGUGGACUUUGUCAACCUGCAUCAUCCGGACUUGCGCCAGUCACAGCCAGCACCUUUUUCUCGCAUCUCAACGUUUGCAGCCAUUGAGCUGCUCAACGAAAUAUCCACCUUCAGCCAGUCAUUCGAUCCCGUGGAGUCUCCCGCAACCUGGUACCGGUCUCAGUAUCCACACUCUAAGGGCUUUCUCUCAUUUACUCAGGCUGCUCUCCCUGACAUCCAGGCCCGGGCUCUGCGCAUCCUAAAAAUCCUUGGUUUCCGUCCGCCUGAAAGUGGAUAUCGGUUUCGACCACACGGUGAAGUGGAGAGAUACUCGUGCUACGGUCACGAAAGCGACCCAAUGCCGUUGCAAGAAAGCUAUUCUGACGCCGAGGGAUCUGAUAAUGAUGAUGAUGCUUCGUCUCAUAGUGAGGAAUCCAAAGGUGGCUUUUUCAAGGGUUUUAAGAAGUUUGGGCGCCGACAAAGAGAGGGACCUAAGAGGACAAGAAGAAUGUACGAGUCUCGACGCGGACAGUAUGUUGAACGGGGCAAUCUGUCCAUGGGCAAAGACACGGACCUCGAGCGCCUGAAGUAUUAUCUGGACGAUCACACAGAUCCAGUCCUGCAUAGAGCGGCAAAAUGGCGCCGCGAGACAUUCCGUGACCUGCUGCAAAGCAUCACCGUCGCCGUUCACUUUGCGUCCCGACUGGCCUUCACCGACUGGGACGUCAAUCUGCGUAUCAUGUCUGCCAUGGUCAUGUCUUAUAGAGAGCUGCCACCCCCACGCGUCAGUCAUAACAACAGCCGCCAUACCAACUUCGAGGGGCACAUCCACGAGGCAAUCGAGCUAUGCUCAGAUAGCAUGCCAAUUGAGAGUAUCGAGCAGCGUCUGUGGACCGCCGACUGGAUGGGCCUCGACAUCGAUGGCAUCGUGAUCCUCCGCAACGCAGCCAUGCCUGACUCCUGGGCCAGCAUGAAGGGUGCCUAUCUGGGCUUCCGGCGAGGGCGCAUCCUGCACGAGAACCAGCAGUACACCAAGAUCCGGACAGACCGCAUCAAUACGCAGUCGCAGAAUCUCGUCGCAACCAAUAAAAAGUCCUGGACCACGGCCUUCCCUAUGAACGGCUGCCCGUCAAUCGAACCCCGUGCGCUUAUCAUGCCCAUGGCGGAUACAAUCUUCCUACGCCUCGAGGCCUCUGCGACCCCCGGGUCAUCUGUCAUCGGCGACGGCAGCCUAUCGGCCCUCUUCACCCCUGACUACAUCGUCACGGCGCCCUGCAAGCAUGGGUACGACCCGAAAAAGACACCGGUAGCAGCAAAUUACCCACUUAUUGAGGACUUCGCGGAAGGCCUAUUCUUCGACGACAGCGCUCUGCUCGACAACUUUACGCGGUCAGGGACUCAGCAAGGCGUCAGUGUCUUCUACCAACUGACGAGCGAGAAUAAGCUGGCGCAGUGGCUCGCAUCGCAAUGGCGACCUGCCAGUGGUCCCUUCCAAUGCCUCCGUAUUAUUCAAAGGGAUUGCUGUCUUCAGUGUCUUCUUGGGAAUCUAGGUCGGGUCCUUGAGGAGCUGAAUAGUGGAACGCAUUUCUUUCCGUAUAAGCAGUAUCCGGUUUGUAUUAUGGCUGGGAAAGAGGAGGGUCCAUGA